AUGGUCAAACUACAAAGACAUGCAUCAAAUGCCUGGAUAAUAAGAGGGCGUCACUGGGAACGUAGGGGAUGCCCCCAUGGUAGGCGGAGAUCCCAGUGUAAAGACUGUGAAGGAAAUAAAAUAUGCCACCAUGAAAGUGUGAGGGCCUAUUGUAAGGUGUGCAAGGGCAGUCAGAUUUGCGAGCAUGAAAAACAGAGUUCCCAAUGUAAAGAGUGCAAGGGUAGUAAAAUCUGCCAGCAUGAAAGGGUGAGGUCUCAAUGUAAAGAGGACAAGGGUAGUCAAAUCUGCCAGCAUGAACGGAGAAAAGCUUGCUGUAAAGAAUGCAAGGGUAGUCAGAUUUGCCCACAUAAAAGGAUAAGGUAUCGCUGCAAGGAAUGCAAGAAGAGCAAACAGUCAGAGGGAACCAGGAGCUGCUCAAAAUGUAAAAAAGUGUUGGCCCUAGAUGAAUUUAGGGUGUUGAAUAAUUGA